GACGUGACCAAUUACAUUUCUUGAGUGAUCUGGAUAAAUCAGACAUAUACGAAUGGAAUAGAAAUGUCAUCGCUGCAUUGACACCCUUAUCCAUGAGCAAUGCCUAUCUCAGCCAAAUACUCCUACGGUAUGCGCGUGGGACGGCGACUUUAGCUAUAAACAGCUAGACGAAAUCUCAGAAGCCAUUGCCCGACACCUAGCAGGGCUUGACGUUGGCCCGGAUGUCUCGCAUUAAUGCUCGAUUAGCAGCCGAGAUGGGGCGCACAGUUAUUGAAGUGCUCCCGAGAUGUGAUGAUUGGACUUCAGUUCACGUGGCAUCCACCAACCUACUGAUAACUGCUAUAGCUUUAGGAAGCAUCUUUGUCGCAAGUGACUUCUGUCGUCGAGAAGAGUAUGUUGACAGCAGUAUAAAUUUCACAGUCGAUAUCUUCACAGCAACUCCGAAACUGAAGAAGUGGUCACCAGGGUUGCGGCCUAUUGAACAGUACUUCAUUCUUGAGUUGAAACGAGUUGCAGAGCACAGAAGAAAUGUUAAGGAGCUCCUGGAUCCGGUCAUAACUGAGAGGUAAAAUAUGGCCAAAGAAGGGCAACCGUUGCCCGAUGAUAUCCUUCAGUGGAUGUUGAACAGGCGUGAAGAUUUCAACCUGGCCGAAGACUAUAUAUCCACAGUUCAGUUGAACCUUGAGUUAGCUUCUAUCCAUACGACAGCGCUGACAAUCGUAUCCAUUCUGUAUGACCUCGUAACUCGUCCCGAACUUAUUGAAGAUAUUAGAGAGGAAAUCAAGAAUGCCGUAGCGAAUAGCGAUGGUAUAAUAACUAUGCGCGCCCUUUUUGAGAUGAAGCUCCUUGACAGUGUCACGAAGGAGACUGUAAGAUUAACUCCGGGAAGCCUUGGUUAGAUAUGCUCAAGAAUUUGAGACAUUGAGGUUGAAUUAUUAUUUUCGAAGGGAAAUUAUUUGGGGAUUUUUCGAUUAUUGAUUGCGAGGACAUGGGAAGUUUAGCAAUGGUGGCCACAUUUGCGGUGAAUAAGUAUGCGUUAUUUAAUAUCACUUCAUGAAGAGCGUCUUGUUAAAAG